AUGAAUAUUUCAGGAUUUUCUAACACACCGGCAGAUAGUUCUUUGAAAUCUAGUGACCAAGCAAAAACAUUCAUUUUACCUGAACAAUGUUUCGAAAAGAACAUAGCUUGUACAUGGCGCCGUGGAAAUACAUUCACAAUUUAUCCCCGAAGCCAAAUAGUUAACAAAACUCCAACAAAUACAAUUGAUAACAAAAUUUUAAAUAUUCGACAAGAAAUUCUACUUUUUACUUCGAUACUGAGAAAACUUGUAAAUGAAUCAAAUGGCACAUUCCUUUCCUUGCAAAAAACUGCUGAAAACGCCAAAAAUUCAGAUAACCAGGUGGAAUUUUUGAAACUUUCCCGCCAAUACCGCUCCAUUGUUCGAGUAUGCAUUGAAAGCUUGCAAGAAGCUGCUGAAAAAGAGACAGACAGCUUAGAAAAAAAUAGUUUGUUGUCCCACAUUACAAUUUUUUAUUCAAUAGAAUGUAUAUGGCAUUUAAGUGAGAUAUUAUUUAUAGAUAACAUACCUGGUGAUAUUGUGUUGCCAUUUUUGUUAGAGUGGGUGCGGUUUCAUUUUCCAUGUCAUGAACAGACUGCUGCACAGAUGCUGGAAGCCUGUGAACGAGGUUCUGAAGACCAUCCUCAAUAUUGGGAUACUGUGGUGGGGAUGGUCGUCCAAGGCAGGAUUGAUGUGGCAAGGGCUCUUUUAAAACUACACUCAUCAGCUGAAUUGAAUGAAUUCAAACUAGUUGACAAUUCCUUACGGACCAUGCCAGUUUAUAGUGUUUACGGUGGUGUCUCAUCAGGGGAAUUCACCAUUGUUUGGAAACAUUGGCAGGCGGAGUGUAGGUCUAAAUUGACCAGCCAGGCGUUGACUUCACAGCCAAAUUUAGAACUCAUUAUGAGGUUGAUGGUGGGCGAGUAUACCGCGUUCGAGUCGGUGCGUCGCAAGUACGCGUCGUGGUUCGACCUUCUGGGCGGGUACGUGCUGUUCACGCGGCCGUGGACACGAAGCCGUGAACUGGCAGCCGCUGCGGACGCUUGUGCAGCGCUAGACGGGCCCCACCCGCAAUCGCAUCUCGAUGUUAUCAUAAGAGCCUUGCUGGAGGGGGAUUUGCAUCAGGUGAUCCAUGAAAUACAACAAAUGUCGGACAAUGGCUGGUUCGCUACACAUCUCACAGACAUUCUGUAUCACUGUGGAAAGCUGCAAAUACUGGAUAAGCAUCAAACAGAUGUCACAAAACGUCUUCGAGACAGCCUCAUCCUGGAAUACGGUUCCUUACUCAUGGAACACAAGUCCCUUUGGUCAGUCGGCCUAUCGUACUUGGCUUCAUGUCCCCCCGAAGGUCUUAGGCGCGCCGAACUCCUGCUGGAGAAGAUUCCAAUAGAGACUGAAGCGAAAGCAAUGCGGAUAAUCGCUGAAGCUAAGAAAUAUGAAUUGUUGGGUGUUGUGCGCACGGUGUGCGGGUGCGUGUGCGCGCGGCGGCUGCGCGGCGGGCGCGCGGGCGGCGCGGUGUGCUGGGCGGCGCGCGCGCGCUCGGGCCCGCUGUGCGCGCGCGCCGCGCACCGCGUGCUGCGCGCGUACUGCGCGGGCGCGCCGCUGCCCGCCGCCGACCUGCUGCUCACCGCGGGGCCCGCGCUGCUGCUCGACGACACGCUGCUGUUUCUAGGCAAAUACUGCGAUUUCCACAGAUUAUACAAGAGUAAAGAAUUCAAAAAGGCGGCAAAGCUACUUAUAUCUUUGAUAACAUCCAAAAUAGCUCCAGAAUACUUUUGGGAGACACUCCUAUUGGACACAUUACCUCUGUUAGAGUCGGAGGAACCAGUGUUCUCGUCAACAGACACCUACGAGAUCAUGUUAUGUUUGGAGCUACGUGCUAAAUGCUUGGAGGGUGAGAAGGCAGAGUUACUGCGACUGGCUUUAGUCAGGAAUUUAGCAAGGACGGCUCUACUGGACGGGGAGGAGGAAUAA